CGUAACACGGAAGUAGUCACGUGGCUUUAUGAGUUUGCGCCACAUAAUUAUACAAAAAUAAUAUUUGACUAUUAUAAUUAUUUUGAAUAUUGACAUUAUUAGAUUUUAGUCAGUGCCAUAAAUGGUGAAAAUAGAAGUUUCAUCUUUGUCGAUAGUCCACUUUUGCGUUGUUAGCCGGAAGUUGUAAUCAUUGUCAUUUGCGCCAGCACAAAUAUAGCUUGACGUUAGUCGUCCUGACAUAUUGUAUGUUUUAGUCUUGGCGGUCGUUUUCUGAAGCACGACCAUGACAAACGAGGAAAGUGGGAAGCCACAGUUUUGUAUCUGUAACUGUUUCACCACCGACAACAUUUUUCUGGAAGACUACAAGCUCCAUGUUCGCUUUAUAACAGAGGAGCAGUUCAGACAGGACUACGAAGCACUUCUGAACGGACUUGGCUGCGUCACCCAGCAACAGUUUGAUGAUGUCCUCAACAAGAUUUCGCAGGAAGUGGAAAGGCGAAAGCGUCUAUCUGUGACAUCUAUGGAGAGAAUGUCAGUCAUCAAAAACGGAUACCAGCCUCUUCAUCCUCACGUCUACCAUCUUCAGGAAAACUUCCUCACGCCAAAGUUCAAGCAUCUUGUCGAGUGUUGUCGAAGUGGCUCAGUCACACUCAACAGUCUCUCUGAAUUGUUGGCGGAAGAAGCAGCUUCGAGGGUGUAUCGCUUUCCUGUGUUCCACAAAAACUUCUGUGAGGACCUGAUAGAGGAGCUGGAGCACUUUGAGCGUUCUGCAGCGCCCAAAGGUCGACCUAACACCAUGAACAACUAUGGGAUGCUCUUGAAUGAACUGGGCUUCGACGAGGGCUUCGUCACACCUCUCCGAGAGCAGUACCUGCAUCAUCUUACCUCCUUGCUCUACCCAGACUGCGGAGGAUGCAGUCUUGACAGUCACAAAGCCUUCGUUGUCAAAUACGACAUGAAUGAAGACCUGGACCUCAGCUACCACUACGAUAACGCAGAGAUCACACUCAACGUCUCCUUGGGCAGGGAUUUCACAGAGGGAAACCUUUACUUUGGCGAUAUGAGACAGGUGCCUUUACGUGACAGCGAGUGUACGGAGGUUGAACACAAACGAAGCGAAGGGGUUCUCCAUCGAGGCCAGCACAUGCACGGAGCCCUGCCCAUCUCCUCCGGCCAGCGAUGGAACCUCAUCGUCUGGAUGAGAUCCUCACAGGUGCGCAACAAACUCUGUCCCAUGUGCAACAGGAGGCCAGCGCUGGUGGAAGGAGAGGGCUUCGCGGAUGGCUUCACCAGACACGCCGCUCCACUGCUCGCCAACUCGUGCGCACUUACCUGACGCGUGCCACUGCAAGUGUGAUGUCAUCUGCUUACACAAACAUUCUUCCACUUUUUAACCCACGUGGAUUGAGUUGUGGACAGUGUCAAAGAAAAGUUUUUACUAUUGGAGUCUAUUUAUGUCAGCUUGUUAACCAAACUGAAGGUCAGAGCUGGCCGUCACAUCUUUUUACGUAUAAUGUGUGUCAAUGAAGCACUUUAGCUUCAUGGCUAAAUGUAUUUGUUCUUUCAGUUGUGAAUGUACUUCAUGCACUAUAUUGCCAAAAGUAUUUGGCCACCUGCCUUGACUCACAUAUGAACUUGAAGUGCCAUCCCAUUCCUAACCCAUAGGGUUCAAUAUGAUGUCGGUCCACCUUUUGCAGCUAUUAACAGCUUCAACUCUACUGGGAAGGCUGUCCACAAGGUUGCGGAGUGUGUUUAUAGGAAUUGUCCACCAUUCUUCCAAAAGCGCAUUGGUGAGGUCACACACUGAUGUUGGUGGAGAAGGCCUGGCUCUCAGUCUCCGUUCUAAUUCAUCCCAAAGGUGUUCUAUCGGGUUCAGGUCAGGACUCUGUGCAGGCCAGUCAAGUUCAUCCACACCGGACUCUGUCAUCCAUGUCUUUAUGGACCUUGCUUUGUGCACUGGUGCACAGUCAUGUUGGAAGAGGUAGGGGCCCGCUCCAAACUGUUCCCACAAGGUUGGGAGCAUGGAAUUGUCCAAAAUGUUUUGGUAUCCUGGAGCUUUCAAAGUUCCUUUCACUGGAACUAAGGGGCCAAGAACAACCCCACACCAUAAUUCUUCCUCCAUCAAAUUUCACACUCGGCACAAUCUAGUCCGAAAUGUAUCGUUCACCUGGCAACCUCCAAACCCAGACUGGAUGGAAAAGCGUGAUUCAUCACUCCAAAGAACACGUCUCCACUGCUCUAGAGUCCAGUGGCGACGUGCUUUACACCAGUGGUCCCCAACCACCGGGCCGCGGCCCGGUACCAGUCCGUGGACCGAUUAGUACCGGGCCGCGCAAGAAAUAAUUUUUAUUUUU